GAGAGAGAGGGAGAGAGAGAGAGAGUACUUUAGAACAUCUGAAGAAGAAGUCACUCACUACAGUGUGCAGUGAAGCAAUGGCGCCAUUCUUAGUUGAUAGAUGUGAGGAGACGACAGUCUCGGAAGAGUCUCAUAAGUCAUCUCCUGCUCCAUUUCUCACCAAAACCUACCAACUUGUUGAUGAUCCUUCUACAGACCACAUUGUUUCAUGGGGAGAAGAAACCUCCACCUUUGUGGUGUGGAGACCUCCUGAAUUUUCAAGAGAUCUCCUCCCCAAUUACUUCAAGCACAAUAACUUCUCCAGCUUCGUAAGGCAACUCAACACCUAUGGUUUCAGGAAAAUAGUUGCAGAUAGGUGGGAGUUUGCUAAUGAGUUCUUCAGGAAAGGAGAGAAGCAUUUACUUUCUGAGAUUCACAGAAGAAAAACUCCUCAAAUCCCUCAACCAUAUCACCCUCAUCAACAAUACAUCAACUCACCAACAGCAUUUCACUGUCAGGAAGAACUGAUGUGCAGCUGGAUCGAACCUCCACUGCCACCGCCAAAUAAUGAUUCUGAAAGUUUCAUUUCAGCACUUUCUGAGGACAAUGAGAGACUGAGGAGGAACAACUCUUAUCUUUUAUCAGAACUCUCCCACAUGAAGAAGCUCUACAAUGAAAUCAUCUACUUUGUUCAGAAUCAUGUCAGCCAAAAGCCUUGCAGAAUUGUAGAGAUCGAUCAUUGUGCUCAUCCCGCAACAUCUGAAUCAGAGCUGCAUUUUUCUGAAAAUUUUGGAUCUGUUGAGGGCUCAUUGAAACUGAAUGAAGACUUUAACGGGGGAGUCAAGCUCUUUGGAGUUCCUCUUCAUGGCAAAAAGAGAUUACACUCUGAAACUGUUGGAUGCAAAGAUUAGUUCAUUAGGAGCAUAGUAGCAGUAAUUAGUUAGAAGGAAAAAAAAAACUAUGUAUAUAGAGUUCAGAUUCAAACUAAAAAUUUGCUCAUGAAGAUCAUGUUAGAACUUGUUAUCUGUGUUUCUUCUUCUCUUCCAUUUAGUUUA